CUGCAAAAUUCCGAGGGCAUAAUCGGCAAAAUUCUCAAAAAAGUAUUUUAUUAAUUAAUCCACCCAAUUAAAGUACUUUAUUAAAUACUUUUUCAAAAAUGGCAUUGAACAAACUAAGCAUUGAAAGUCUAGAUUUGGCUGGGAAGCGUGUAUUUAUGAGAGUCGAUUUCAAUGUCCCAAUCAAAGAAGGUAAAAUCACCAGCAAUCAACGUAUCGUUGCUGCCUUAGACAGUGUCAAAUACGCCCUUGGCAAAGGUGCCAAGUCCGUUGUACUCGCUUCCCAUUUGGGUCGUCCCGAUGGCAACAAAAACCUCAAAUACACUUUGGCCCCCGUCGCCGAUGAGUUGAAGAAACUCCUUGGCAAAGAUGUCACCUUCCUAAACGAUUGUGUUGGUGCCGAAGUUGAAGAGAAAUGCAAAGAUCCACCAGCAGGUUCUGUUAUUCUUUUAGAGAAUGUUCGUUUCUAUGUUGAGGAAGAGGGCAAGGGCGUUGAUGCCAAUGGAGCUAAAGUCAAGGCUGAUCCAGCCAAAGUCAAGGCUUUCCGUGAAAGCCUUCAAAAGCUAGCCGAUGUUUACAUCAACGAUGCCUUCGGAACUGCCCAUCGUGCUCAUAGUUCGAUGAUGGGUGAAGGUUUCAGCCAACGUGCUGCUGGUUUGCUUUUAAACAAGGAACUCAAGUACUUCUCUCAGGCACUUGACAAUCCACCACGUCCUUUCUUGGCUAUUCUUGGAGGUGCCAAGGUUGCCGACAAGAUUCAAUUGAUUGAAAAUCUUCUUGACAAAGUCAAUGAGAUGAUUAUUGGUGGUGGUAUGGCUUUCACUUUCCUGAAAGUCCUUAAUAACAUGAAGAUUGGAAACUCUCUCUUUGACGAGGAAGGUGCCAAGAUUGUUGAGAAACUUGUUGAAAAGGCAAAGAAGAACAAUGUUCAAUUGCAUUUGCCAGUCGAUUUUGUUUGUGGUGAUAAAUUCGCCGAAGAUGCAGUAGUUAGUGAAGCUACUGUUGAAUCUGGUAUUCCUGAUGGAAUAAUGGGUUUGGAUGCUGGUCCAAAGACACGGGUUGCAUUCGCUGCUCCAAUUAGCCGGGCAAAGAUUAUUGUUUGGAAUGGUCCAAGUGGUGUCUUUGAAUUUCCAAACUUCGCCAACGGCACAAAGGCCGUCAUGGAUGCUGUUGUUGCUGCCACAAAAGCUGGUUGUGUUUCCAUUAUUGGUGGUGGAGAUACAGCUUCGUGCUGUGCCAAAUGGGGCACUGAAUCACAAGUUUCUCAUGUUUCUACUGGUGGUGGUGCUUCUUUGGAAUUGCUGGAAGGCAAGACACUGCCUGGUGUUGCUGCUUUGUCUGAUGCUUAAAUCGAAACCUCCACCGAUGUUUCAGUUUGAAAAAAAAAGUUAAAUUUUAAUUCAUAGAAUUGAGAUAAGUUAUAUUUUAUUGUUUAGAAUGGUGUUGACACCAUUUUUUAAUUCGAUGUUGUUUAAAAAAAAAAAAAUUACAUUCAUAUAUAUAAUUUACGGAAUAAAUUAA